AACGUACAACCAUGUUCUUGAAUAUUCCCAACAUCUUCCUCGCUGUCCCUCGAAACCCCGUCACUGCUCUCGGGCUUCCCCUAGCUCUGGGCUUUCUGGUCGGCUCUCCACCUUCAUCAAAACCAAUCAAUAGCAACUGGUAUCAUAAUUUGAACGCGCCCCCUGGGCGUCCACCUCGCGAGGUCUUUCCUUUUGUCUGGACUUUGCUAUAUCUAUCUAUGGGGUAUGCCUCCCAUGUGGCCGUUAAAGCGUUAGACGACAGCACAUCCGUCGCUGAUAGGGAUGAUCUUUCCCUUGGAAUAACAUUGUAUUACGCCCAGCUUGGAUUGAACUGCAUUUGGAGUCCCAUUUUCUUUGAAGGUCAUAAGCCGGGUGUUGCUUUGGUGGACAGUCUUUUAUUGACCGGAACAACCUGGUAUAUGACUAGAGUACUUGACCGCCCCACCAGUGCGACCACCACUUAUUUUUUGCUUCCUUAUUGUGCAUGGUUGGCGUAUGCGACGUACCUCAAUGCUGGGAUGUGGUGGUUGAAUCGGGGAGGUUCCUUGGGGGACGACCAAAAGCCUGAGGAAUGAUAUCACUCCUUUUAAGUACGAUGAGAGUUUUACAG